CCAAAGGGGACGGGUCACUUCUGUUUGCACAGCAGGACCUCAAACAGACAAUUAUUGUACGUCUGUCAGAAGUCGCCAACGGCUCUUCGCACGAAAUAAACAAAAACAAUAAUGAAUCAUCCAUUCGUGCCGAUGACUUCCUGAUAACAUUCCUAAAAAUGCUCUAUGCAUGUUGGUAUGUGCUAGAAGAUGGCGGAGUCGGACGGUGGCGAUUUCACUCCGAAACAGUCGGAGAACAGUAUGGCUAACAAGAAUAGUACCCUGCGCUGUACUUUCUCCGCCAAGAGCCACAGUGCCACUCUCCUCCGGGGCUUGUCGGUUUUGCGGACUCAGGGUCAGCUCCUGGAUGUCGUGCUGGCUGUCAAUGAAGAGCACUUCCAGGUCCAUAAAGCAGUGCUGGCCGCCUGUAGUGAUUACUUCAGAGCUAUGUUUACAGGAGGCAUGAGGGAAUCAAACCAAGACACCAUUGAGCUGAAGGGUUUGUCAGCCCGAGGACUUAAACAUAUCAUCGACUUUGCCUACAGUUCAGAUGUAACUUUAGACCUGGACUGUAUUCAGGAUGUUCUGGGGGCUGCAGUGUUUCUCCAAAUGGCUCCCGUAGUGGAGCUUUGUGAGGAAUUCCUUAAGUCUGCAAUGAGCGUCGAGACCUGCCUCCACAUUGGGCAGAUGGCCACCACUUUCAGCUUGUCUUCCCUUAAAGAGUCCGUGGAUGCCUUCACCUUUCGUCACUUCCUCCAGAUCGCUGAAGAAGAGGACUUUCUGCACAUUCCUAUGGAGCGCCUCACCUUCUUCCUACAGAGCAACAAGCUGAAGAACUGCAAAGAGAUCGACCUCUUUCACGCUGCUACAAGAUGGCUCCAGCAUGAUGAGUCCCGCCGGGCUCAGGCGAGUAGCGUCCUCUGCCACGUGCGUUUUCCACUCAUGCGCUCCUCAGAGUUGGUAGAUAGCGUUCAGACAGUGGACAUCAUGGUGGAGGAUGUGCUGUGCCGCCAAUAUCUCCUCGAGGCCUUCAAUUACCAGAUCCUUCCCUUCCGACAGCAUGAAAUGCAAUCCUCACGGACGCUCAUCCGCUCUGAUGUGUUGUCCCUCAUCACCUUUGGUGGGACCCCCUAUACCGACAACGACCGCACAGUGAGCACCAAGUCUUACUACCUUCCUGAUGCUGCUUCCCGUCAGUUCAAAGAGCUGACCGAAAUGGAGACAGGGUGCAGCCAUUCCUGCGUUGCAGUGCUUGAUAACUUUGUGUACAUUGUCGGUGGGCAGCACUUACAGUACCGCAGUGGGGAAGGGGCCAUGGACAACUGUUUCCGCUACGACCCGCAUCUUAACCAGUGGCUACGCAUCCAAUCCAUGCAGGAGGCUCGCAUCCAGUUUCAACUCAAUGUCCUGCAGGGACAACUGUACGCAACUGGAGGCCGUAAUCGAUCCGGGAGUUUGUCUUCUGUGGAGUGUUAUUGCCCAAAAAAGAACGAGUGGUCUUAUGUGGAACCAUUGAAACGAAGAAUUUGGGGCCAUGCUGGGACUUCGUGCAGAGAAAGGUUGUACAUUUCAGGAGGUUAUGGCGUCUCGUUGGACGACAAGAAAACUCUCCACUGCUAUGAUCCAGUAGCAGACCAGUGGGACUUCAAAGCCCCCAUGAAUGAACCCAGAGUGCUGCACGCCAUGAUCAGCACCAAACAACGUGUUUACGCUCUGGGUGGCCGCAUGGAUCAUGUGGACCGCUGUUUCGAUGUGCUGGCGGUUGAGUAUUACAGUCCAGAAAGUGACCAGUGGACGACCGUUAGUCCCAUGAGAACAGGGCAGUCCGAGGCGGGCUGCUGCCUUCUGGAUGCUAAGAUCUACAUCAUAGGGGGAUAUAACUGGCACCUGAACAAUGUCACAAGCAUCGUUCAAGUCUACAACACAGAGACGGAUGAGUGGGAAAGGGAUCUGCACUUUCCAGAAUCAUUUGCUGGCAUUGCAAGUACGCCGAUUAUACUUCCUCAGAACACCACACAACGCUGAGCUCCUGACCUGCAACUGUGAAGACUAUUGUUCUGUGUCAUCUUCUACUGCCCAGUGGAUUAAAUGAAGGUGUGAACAUCUUGUUUACAUAUUGAUGGUUUGUUUUUUAGUUCUUUAGGCUUGUAAACUUGUUAACUUUUUAAUAUAUUACAGCAUAUUUAAGAAACUUUCUUUAAGUUUUAGGAAUUAUAGUUAUGACUACUGAUGAUCAGGUUUCAUUGAAGAGGCUAGGUUUUAGAUAAGCUAAUAAUCAGAGUAAAUGCAGGUCUGAACAUGUAUUAAUCCAAUCAUAAUUAUUGCAGAGUUCCUACAGAAAAGGCUUGAAUGUAAUUACCCUGGUCUAGUUAACCAUGGAAAAGAUGACAAAAUCUUUCCAGCCUUUUUUUUUAUUCCUUUGUCAAAUGUUUUAUGCAUUUCCCUCUGUCCUUUGUUUCUUCUUCGUGUUACUUCUGUCUAUGUUUUCCUCCUUUCUCUCUUCCUCCCUCCCUUACGUCCAUUUCUUUUGUGUGUGCUUCUUUGCCUUCUUUGUUCCUUGCACCCUUACUUCCUUGUCAUGUCUGACUUUUUUCUUUUCUUUUUUUAGUUCUGCCUGCCUUUGUUAUUAUUUUUCUCCUUUUAUUUCUCGUGUCCUACAUUUGUUCAUUACAUGUGUGUUCCUUCCAUGCUUCUUUCCCUCCUUGUCUACUUCCCAUUUUGCAUUCCUUGUAUUCUUCCUUUUGUACUUUGAGCCAUUUAUUAUUCCCUUCCUUUCGUCUUUCCUCCAUUUUCCUUCCUUUUUUGUGUCGUUUUUAUUCCUCCUCUCUUUUCUUCCUUUCUUACAUUUGUUGUCCACCCUCCCUUUGUUCUGUUCAUUCCUUUAUUGUGUCUUUUCUGUUCGUUCAUUGCAUUCCUUAUGUCCUAUCUUUAGUCCUUCCUUCUAUCCUGUUUCUUUAUACAGUAUGUGAAUCCUGCUAUAAAUUGAUGAAGAAUGUUUGAAGUUCAUAAUUUUAAAUAGUGGUAAGACUAUGUCUGAAAUCUUCAAACAUGUUGGAACACUGUUCUUAAAUGCUUGGCAAUUUAGAAAGUGUUUUAUCACAGCCAAGUUAACUGGUGUAGCAUUAGCUAAAUUAUAGUAGAUUUUCAGAAGAAAAUAUUACUUUAAUUUGUAAAAGUGAUAAAAACCAAUGAAGGGAUUACAUUACAAAAGGCACAUCAAAUAUGACAUUCCUUAGAAAAUCAGCAUUCAAAAUGUUGGACAAUUUGAUUGUAUAGAAGUUUUAUUUGUUAUGCUGUUUAAUUUUUUAAACAAUGUACCUUUUAAGUCAGUUACUGUAGAUAUAUCCUAACCACAAGCUACAUAUCAGCACAUAAUGCUGGCACAAAAAUAAGAACAGGAUGAUUUACAGUUUGAUUUACUGUAUGUGUUCCACAUGAUCUUACUCUUUAUGUGAAUGUCUGUCUGAUUUCUGAUGUUUAAUGGAAAUGAAACUAUUUUGGAUGUUUCUUUUUCUCACCUAAGAUUACACACAACUGCAGACCUCUUGCGGCAGCUACAUGAAUAAUUGUUUUGUGUCUUAAUGCAUUGUUUUUUUUUCUCUGUCCUUGAAGCUUGUUCACUUAAUUUUUACAAUUUACAUUUUUCUGCAUCCUUUGCACUUUUGUAGCUGUAUUUAUGAUGUAUUGUGUUUGUACAUGACCUAUAUAUUUGUUUUUAGUUUAAGAAGCAAACCUUUUGUUUUUUUCCUUUUGAACUUGACCACCUCCAGUAUAGCCAGGAGGUUUUUUUGUGGAAAAAUGUCUGCUGUCUGCUUGCCUAAGCAUGUCUUUUUCUGCCUGUACCCAUCAAAGCACAUUAUAUGGUCAAAGUGCAAUACAGUGAAAACUGAUGAACUCCAGGGGGAAUGUACAAGAUUGUGUAGCUUCAUGUACAUCCUUUAUUAAACUCAAUAGUGUUUUAAAAAUGUAAA